GCAACUGAUGGCGGUGAUGGUCAUUAUAAUUCCUCAUCAACUGGACAUGGGAGACUCCAAUCGAGAACCAGAUAAAAGUGACCUGCCAGUUAACAAUUACAACGCUAAACAAAGGCUGUUAUCAUCGAAAAAUUCACGCUUACCACUCGCUUCAUUGUAUAGCGCCUCGUAAGAAGGUGAUGAUUGACGAUAUAAGCGAUAUAAGGGCUGAGAGGAUGGAAAAACCCAGUGAGAGAAGCUACAUUAGCGCCCAACGGUCUGGGAGUGAACUGUUUUUAUUAUAUACCAACUGGCGAAACUAGAUGGCCAUGAGUGCCCAUUAUUUACAACCGACAUUCUCAACGAUAUGCGUAAUAGUAGUAUUUCGACUCAGUCAUUCUAAACCCCACCCAGAAUCAAAGGGAGACCGGAUCGUUGUGCGGAGUCGAUAAACGACCUUGCUCACAUGGCAAAACGCUCAUAAUUGAAAUAAACGCGUAAUGGUUAACAUACUCAAUCUCGUUAAGUGUUGUCAUUAAAUAAGGUCAUCACCUGAUGUGUUUGUCACGAUAGAGGAAGAUUCAUUCCAGCCAGAAGAAAUCAGCUGAUGAAGAUCUUACAGCUCUAUAACCAAACUCGUUUAUUAACAUUUCGUCUUCACGGCCUUGGCAAGUUAAAAUGGGAAGAUGGCCAUGAAAAUUUGGCUGAAAAGUUGCAUUCCGAAUGCGUGUUUGGGAAUGAAAUCUCCACAAAAUCCAAAAAGCUACCAGCCAAACUAUAGGGAUGAGCGAAAAAUGGGAGGAACUUCCGCAGGCGAAUUUGAAAUAGAUCAUUCUUUAUUCAUAGACAACGCCCUGAGCUCUAGCUCUGUAUAAAAAGCGCAUCAGCCAACUCGAUACUAUUGUCAAAUUUGAUCUGCCGAAGACGACAUCACCUCAACCAAUUUCUCCAACAUGAACUACUUGAUCGCUCUUCCUUUGCUCGCUGCUGCCGUCUUGGCCGCUCCCCUGUAUCCAGCGGAUGUCUUCCACGGAGAACUGUCCCCGUUCGCCUACUCCGCCUAUCAACCGGCCUUCUAUAACCAAGCUUUCGCUCCCCAUUUCGGCUACAAUUACUUUGGUCCGAGUCGUCACUUUUCCGACUAUGCCGCACCAAUCGUUUCCGUUGCAGCACCAAUCGCUUACACUGCGCCAGCCCCAAUCACUCAGUAUGUUCAUGUGCCUGUAGUUGCUCCUCAAGUCAAAUAUGUUGAAGUCCCUGUCCCUACUCCGGUCGUUGAAACGAAACUUGUUCCCGAAGUUAAAACUGUCGUCGUAACUAAAGUUGUUGAAUCUGCUCCCGCUCCCGCUCCAGCUCCAGUCCAGCUUGAUUCUCGGGAAUCGGCCGAGUCUGUCGAAGUUGAUUCAAAGGAAGAUUAGUAACUUUAUAGUGUCACGCUUUAAUGACUUGCCAGUAACAUUAGAAGAUCGAGAAAAAAUUGACAGACUGUUCUUAAUCUUGACGCUUAACUUUCCUUUUAGAACCAACCCAAAGAUAACUUUUUCUGACUGACUAAAUCAUUUUCUUUGUUCUAAUUUUUCUUGUGACAUCGUGACAAAAUAAUAUCACUGUCAUAUUGUACACCUAUAAACAUUAUGCAUCAUUUAUACAUUAUACACUAUUUCCGU